AUGCCGACCCGUCGCAGCCAUACAAAGUCUAGGAAAGGGUGCUUGGAGUGCAAACGGAGACAUGUUAAGUGUGACGAGGGCAUUCCAAAGUGCACCUUAUGCAGAAAGCGAAGGUUGGAAUGCAGUUAUCCACCUCCAAAUGAAGACGCAGACAGCCCUCAAGGAUCCUCGAUCAACCAAGACGACUUAGAAAGCAGCACAGCCUUGACCGGAGAGCUUCCGCCAGCCACACGCAUGCUUGAAGCGAGAUUGUUUCACCAGUAUAUGACAUCGACCUACCAUACAUUGGCCCAAGACGGACUAUCAGCAAAUCACCUCUCUCUCAAUGUUCCCCGCCUAGCCACAUCCUUUGUCUAUCUCCUGGAUAGUAUAUACGCACUGUCUGCUCUUCACUUGGCCUCGGUUGAGGCGGACAACCGAGUGCCCUGGUUGGAUGCUGCGCUACGAUACCAAAGCCAAGCCUGUUCAGGACUCGGCAAGGUACUUGUCGAUAUAACGACUCAGGAAUAUGAGCCAGCGUUCGUCUCGUCUAUUUUCAUCAUGCUGUUCGCCAUGGGCUAUCGAGUGAUCUCCGUUGAUAGCAAACCACCAGACCCGCUCUCAUUAGUGCGCGAAAUACGCACAUUGAUAUCUGGGCCCGCCAUGUUAUUCGACAAAAUAGUUAAAGGUGGAUUUACCGCCCAAUUGGAACACUGGAUGCAUGUUCCCGACACCAAAGAAAGUCUGCCCGACGGAACACAUACGAAGAAGAUAAUAACGUCGCUGGAUCGACUACACACCACUAUUGAUAUGAACAAAGGGCCACACCACUCCACCUACCGAGUUAACUGGCAACAGCUAUACCAAGCCAUUGAACCGUGGCCCAAGAUCGGACCGCAGGGCGGACCUCUUGCGUGGCCCUUGUUCCUCUCCGACGAGUUUUUAGCACUCAUCCAAAACGGCGACUGGAUCGCCCGUGUUCUGUUUCUGCAUUAUGGCACAGCUAUGCGCCUUUUGUGCCAUCGCUGGUACGUACGUGACUGGGGUCGUCGAUUAGUAUUGGCUACUUUAGAGUCACUGGACGACAUACCACCCGAGUGGGCGGACACUAUCUCGUGGAUCCGACAAGCCGCCGAGAGAGAAGACUAG